GUCCAUCCAGACAUGCUGGUAAAUCUUGUGGUCCUUGUGGUACCUGAAUGCAUCGCAGCGUCUCUGCAUAAGAUGGAGUCCAGACUUGUCCAUUCUUUGCUGUCCACUCAGUGUCGGUGAGAGUCGGUAGCAAAACGUUUUUAAUGCAAACGUAAGGAAACAUAAGCACUUAACCCUGAGGAGACAUGGACAUGAGAGGCACAGGAAGUUAAGACCAAGAAAGAAAUUUACAAAAUAAAACAUGUUCACAAGAUUCUUAAAACCAGAUGUUCCUACAGAUUCACUCCCCAGACCCCUGGUAGUCACACGCCUCCAUCAUGCAACACAAGCAGCGGCUACGAGAAGAAAAUGGUAGAAUCUGAUCAAAUACAGCAAAAAUAUGACUAGUUUUCUUCUGACAUCACAGGAUGUAGUUUUAUACUGAAGGACAGAUUAAUAAAUGUGGUUAUGAUGGAAGUCAAUGGGGCCGUGAAGGGAGGACAUAUGAGGAGGCUUAAACCACGGAGCAUCAUGGCUCCUCCUCCUCCUCCUCCCUCCUGCAGACCUCAUACAGACGAAAGGAGGCGAAGGCAGUGGCGAGCAGACAGGAGGCGCCAAGGAUCAACCACCAGCUGAAGGAGGAGGAGAAGACUCCCUGCAGAGAGGAGGAGGAGGAGGAGAAGACUCCCUGCAGAGAGAAGGAGGAGGAGGAGGAGGAGGAGAAGACUCCCUGCAGAGAGAAGGAGGAGGAGGAGGAGGAGAAGACUCCCUGCAGAGAGGAGGAGACACAUCUACCAGACUGAACCAUGCUAACUCUACUGCUAAAUGAUGAUGCUAAUGCUAAAGCUAACAAGCCAAUGUUACCUGGCCAACGCAGAAGAGUCCAAACAAGAUGAGAAGGAUCAAGAAAAGAAUCUGAACACACAGAGGAGGACGGACGGGAUCCUGAGACAUGAUUGGUCCUCUGACAUGUCAGCAGCCAAUCAGAGCGCAGAAUGAAAAAUAUAAAAGUGUAAAUGUGAAGUAAACUCCAACAAAAGCUACUUCACAAUAUAUAUAAAUAUAUAAAAAGAAACGACAAAGAGAAACAAACUAAAUUAAAUUAAAUUAAAUUAAAUUAAAUUAAAUUAAAUUAAAUUAAAUUAAAGUAAAUUAAAGUAAAUUAAAUUAAAGUAAAUUAAAUUAAAGUAAAUUAAAUUAAAUUAAAGUGAGCUGUGUGAACCGCAGUGAAGAAUGAGGCGGAUCAGACUGAAGACGUUUAUAUCUGCAGCUUUAAUCCUACACUGUUAAAACUAAUCUGGCUCCAGUAGCUGAUGAACACUGUAGAAAAUCAUCAGCACUUUUAACUUAUUUUGAACUCAUUGUUUUAUUCCUGUGGUGGAUCAAGAGUUGAAGUGAAAACAAAUAAUUUAUUAAUGUUUAAUGAAAACCAAACAGCUGAUCGGUUUCAGUCACAGACGCUGGGGGGAGGGGGCGUCUCCAUGGUGACAGAACAACACAACAAAGACAGACGAGGAGGAAGAGGACUGAGAGGAAAGAAAAUAGACGACGCUGCAGCUGCAGCUAUGAUGGCUUGUUUCCGUGGGAACCGGGAGGAGUUUUACGGCGAGGUGCUCCUAUUGGAUGAGAGGAAGAUGCUGCUGUCGGCUGAACACGGCAUCACGAAAUCGUCGAAGGCGGCGGCCAUCUUGCAGCAGGUGUUUUCUCAGCUGAAGGUUGUGGAGGUGGAGUUCUUCGGUUUGAGGUUCUGUGACAACAAACAGCAGACGCUGUGGUUGGAUCCGUCCAGAACUCUGUCCCAGCACCGAGGCCUCGUCGGGCCACCGUACAUUUUCUACUUUGGAGUCAGAUUUUACGCUGAAGAUCCGUCGCAGCUGGAAGACGAGGCCACACGGUGUCAGUUUUACCUGCAGCUUUGCCAGGACGUUCGUCGAGGUCGCCUCCCGUGUCCCGCCCACCUCCGGCCUCAGCUGACCGCCCUGGUGCUGCAAGAGGAGCGUGGUGACCUCAGUCAUGACGUCGUGUCAGAAGAGAUUGAGGACGUUCAACUCGUCUACAAAACUCUGCGAGGUGUCUCUCGUCCUCAGGCUCAGCGUCUCUUCCUGUCUCUCUGCCGCUCGCUGCAGAUGUACGGAGUCUCUCUGUUCGCCGCCUACGGCGAGAACCAAACCGAGUACUUCCUGGGUCCGACUCCAGUGGGCGUCGUUAUCUUCAAGGACAAAGUUCUGGUGGGGAAAUAUUUCUGGCAGCGAAUCACCAAACUUCAUUUCAAAGAUCAUACGUUUGAGCUCAGAGUUCUCAGCAAAAACGGUUCAGAGGCGUCGUUUUUCUUCCAGACGUCUGAUCGAAGCGACUGUAAACGUCUGUGGAGGUGUUGUGUGGAACAUCACGCCUUCUUCAGGAUGUCGGAGUCAAACCCGUUAACACACAAACUGAAACACAACAGUGCGUUGACAACAACAACAACAACAACAACAACAGCAGCAGCAGCAGAUGUUGUGCAUCUGAUGCGUCUGAGACCAGCGCAGCACGGUUCGUUUUAUUUCAUUUCAUUUGUUUGUUUUACUAAAAUGUUUUGUUUGACAGACUCCGCCUCCUUCUUUCUUCCAGCCAAUCACACAGCGAGAGUCACCUGGGAACCAAUCAGGAAGCAGACGGCUCCACCUGCUGUUCACAGGUCAGAGGUCAGGGCAGAGCAGGACCCGGCGAAGCCCAGUGCACCAUGGGUAAAGAGCGGCCCUGUCAGCGGCCUGUUCAACACAAAGUUUCCUUCAAACACCAAAGGAGGAGGAGGAGCAGGAGGAGCAGGAGGAGCAGGAGGAGGAGGAGGAGGAGGAGGAGGAGCAGGAGGAGGAGGAGCGCAGGGGCGGAGCAGGAGUCUGGACGGAGAUCAACCAAUCAGGAAGCAGAGGAGGAGCAGGCCUCGUUCCCAUGGCAACAGCAGUGGCAGUGAAUCAGAGAGGACGGGUAACGGCAAGGGCCGCAGAAGGAGAACAAAGAACCGACACAGCGCUGAUGACAUCAUAUGGAAGCACAUCGAGAAACAGCUGGUGGAUUCCAGCGGUUUGAUUGACAGACGGACAGAGGAAAUACCUUAUAAGGAAGUGAGAGUGUCGGGGGAGCAAAUCAGAACGAGACAGUCUUCAAGGGGGCGUCGACAUCAACGGAGGGCGUCGACAUCAGACCUUCAGUCAGUGGAGCUACUUCCUCCUCUUCCUGUUACAACGGACACUUCCUGUUCAUUACCCACAAGCCACUGAGGCGGCUACCCACAAUGCACCUGAUGGGACACAUGUUAAAGUUCCAAACAUCAUAAACGUCAUGAAAUAAAAGAAUCUAUCUAUCUAUCUAUCUAUCUAUCUAUCUAUCUAUCUAUCUAUCUAUCUAUCUAUCUAUCUAU